CGUUCGAUCAAUUCUUUUCUUGGAAGUGAAAACUGAUUCCUAUCAGGGUGGGAAUCGGAAUAUAAACUGCAAUAACCCAUUGUCCGAAUGUUCCGUGACUAAUUGCUGUCAUGGUGGCAGCUCUUUUCCUGCGCGCCGCCAAUCCGGCGGUGCGCUCAGUAGCUUCUCCACCGGCCAAGUGUGCAGGUGUCAGCCGGUUGGGUCUGAGAAAAGUGCCGCCCUGGGUCCCCCGAUGUGAACGUCUGUCUACUCCUCCGCUCAAUUGCUUCUCGACACACGCCGCAAGAUGGCAAGCGGAGUCGCUGGAGCGGACCAGAAACAUCGGGAUUAUCGCCCACAUUGAUGCGGGCAAGACAACCACCACUGAGCGCAUGCUCUAUUAUAGUGGCUUCACGAGACGGUUGGGCGAUGUCGAUGAGGGCUCGACCGUCACCGACUUCCUGCCUGCCGAACGGGCCCGUGGGAUCACCAUCCAAUCGGCCGCUGUGACCCUCCACUGGCCGCCUGCGGGUAGCGCACCUCCGCCGCAAGAACAAGCACCUCGGUCUGCGUCGUCACAUACGAUCAAUCUUAUUGACACCCCCGGACAUGCGGACUUCACGUUUGAAGUAAUGAGGUCCCUGCGCAUCCUCGACGGUGCGGUAUGCAUUCUAGACGGCGUUGCCGGCGUGGAAGCUCAAACGGAGCAAGUCUGGCACCAAGCGAGCACGUAUCGAAUCCCCCGGAUAGUCUACAUCAACAAGUUAGACAGAGACGGCGCAGCUUUUGGACAGACCGUUCGAGAAGUCGCCACUCGCUUAGAGGGGUGGCCCGCCGUCUGCCAGAUCCCAUGGUUUGAAGGGGGUGACGGACGGUUUAUCGGGGUGGCCGAUGUGAUCAACCUCCAGGGUAUGCGAUGGGGUGAAGGAGACGGGAAGUCUGUGAAAAUGUUCAGUCUCGAACAGCUGGAUUCUGAGGGGAGUGGGCUCGCUACAGAGCUAAAACGUGCACGCGUGGCUCUAGUCGAGCUGCUCAGCGAACACGACGAAACCAUGGUAGAGAAGUUCUUCGACUGUGAAGAGGACCAUCUUGCAGUGCCCGCGCAUGACAUCCUGGAGAGCCUGCGCAAGUGCCUCCUUGAGGAUCAAGGGAGAAAGAUCAUUCCGGUGUUUGCGGGGGCCAGCUUCCGCAAUAUUGGCGUGCAGCCGCUGCUCGACGCCGUGGUGAAUCUCCUCCCCAGCCCCUCCGAGACCCGCGAUCCGGUGAUCAGCGUGGGAGGAGUAAAAGGCGGCCUGCGCAGCUUGCUUUCGGGAAAUCUCACAGUCGAGCAAAAAGAGAGCGUAGGAUCGGCCAAAGAUAAGAAACACAAGAAAUCGAGCGGGCACUCCCAAACUAAAAACGCCAUCGAGAAACUCGAGAGCUGUGCGCUGGCCUUCAAGGUCGUCAACGACCCCAAACGAGGCGUGCUGGUCUACGUGCGGGUAUACUCAGGCAGUCUCGAUCGCAACAGCCUCCUCUACAACACCCACCUGAAGGUGUCGGAGCGGGCGCCGCGUCUUCUCAAGAUGUACGCCAACGACGCCGUGGAAGUCGACUCCAUCCCCGAAGGGCACAUCGGCGUCGUCGUAGGCCUCAAGCACGCCCGGACUGGAGACACGCUGGUCUCGUACGCCAGCAACAAAGCAACGCCCCCCGAGCCCCUCGACACUCUCGAACUCCGCCCGAUCGACGUCCCGCCCCCGGUGUUCUUCGCCAGCGUCGAGCCCUACAGCCUCAGCGAAGAAAAGCGCCUACAAGAGUGCCUGAGCGUGCUCCUCCGCGAGGACCCCAGCCUGCACGUCACCGUCGACGAAGACUCAGGACAAACGCUCCUAAGCGGCAUGGGCGAGCUCCAUCUGGAGAUCGCGCGGGACCGACUCAUCAACGACCUCAAAGCCAAGGCCUCCAUGGGCCGCAUCGAAAUCGGCUACCGCGAGAGCCCCCUCGGCUCCUCCCCCCCUACCACCAAAUUCUUCGACAAGGAGAUCGCCGGCCGCAAAGGCAAAGCCGGCUGCACGGUCGUGGUCGAGCCCAUCGACCCAGACGCCAACGACACCCCGUCAAACCCCGACGCCCUCGCCGUCCACUCCAGCGACGGAAACCAAAUCAUCAUCCUAGCCCCCGGCCUCCAAACCGAGAAAGCCCGCCGAAGCGGCUCGAACGACAGCCCCCUCCUCCCCGCCGGCCUCGACAUCGACACCGUGCGCGCCUCCCUCAUCAACGGCACCAUCGCAGCGCUCGCGCGCGGCCCACAAUUCACCUUCCCAAUGCACAGCACCCGCGUAACCCUCACCCUCGACGCCACCCAGCACAUCUUCGGCAACGAGACCACCCCCUCCGCCCUCUCCGCUGCCGCGCGCCUCUCCACCACAACCGCCCUCCGCGAGAUCGUCUCCACAAGCGGCACGGCCCUCAUGGAGCCCGUCAUGAACGUAAUCAUCAGCAUCGACGAAGCCAGCCUCGGCGCCGUCAUCCACGACAUCUCCUCCUCCCGCGGGGGUCACGUCCUCUCCCUCGACGAGGACAUCCCCCUCCCAGCCACAGAGGUCUCCCCCACCGGACCAGAAGACAUCCUCCCACCCAUCGACCCAGCGCGCGUCUACGCCCCGCGCGACCCCUUCCAGUCCGCCACCACCUCGAUCUCGACAGCAGACUCGGCGACCCGUCCGCGCACCAUCACCGCCCGCGUGCCCCUCAAGGAAAUGGUCGGGUACCUCAAGCACCUGCGCAGUUUGAGCGCGGGGCGGGGGACGUUCGUCAUGAGUGUCGAUCGGUUUGAGCGGAUGAGUGCGCCCCGGCAGAGGGCGGUUCUGGCCGAGUUGAGGGGGGAGUUUUGAUCUAUUGACUCCUCUGCUCUUG